UGUGAGUCACGGGGCCGGAGCUUUUUAUCCCCCGUCUUUCCGGUCUCUGAGCUCGGUAUUCCUCCCACCGUUCCUCGCUCAGGUACCGACCAUGGCUGGAUCCUCCGCGGAGCGCAUCGGAUACCUCACCCGGGUCCAGAGCUUCAGCGCCUGUCACCGCCUCCACAGCGUUCACCUGAGUGACGAGGAGAAUAAGGAAGUCUACGGGAAAUGCAACAAUCCCAAUGGUCACGGACACAACUACAAAGUGGAGGUCACAGUCCGAGGAAAGAUCGAUGGUGUGACCGGCAUGGUCAUGAACCUGACGGACCUGAAGCAAUGCAUCGAGGACGUCAUCAUGACUCCACUGGACCAUAAAAACCUGGAUAAGGACGUCCCGUACUUUGCCAACGUUGUCAGCACGACGGAGAACCUGGCUGUUUACAUUUGGGACAACAUGGUGAAGGUGACGCCGCCCAACCUGCUCUACGAGAUUAAGAUUCAUGAGACAGAUAAGAACAUUAUCACCUAUCGAGGAGAGUAGACGCCUCAGUGUUGACAUGAUGUGAUGUCUGGAUGUUUAGAAGUGCCUUUAAUCGCUGUUUGUUCAGUCACUGCAGACUCUGGUUAGUUGGACUGAUGCAGGUUUUGAAGGGUGAUAGAUGAUAUUUUAGGGCUGAUAAAGAUACUGUUGCACUAAAGAUUUAUUAAUCUUGUAUUCUUGUUAAAGUGGACAAUCUUGUUUUUGUUUGGUCUUCUGACACCUUAAAAUACAGUGACGUCUAGUUUCCGCCAUGAAACACCACAAACAUUUGUUUACAGGUUGGAACCAAAGAGCAGUUUGUUUUCCUUCCUUGUAUUUUAUUGGAAUCAUUUUCAAAAGUCCAAAGAAAUAAAAAAAACCCUCUGCCUUCCUGUCCUGUUAAUGAUUUUACAACCAUCAGAUUUAUGGAGUGACUCCCUGAAGCAAACCUACAAUAAUUCAUACGUUUAUGCUCAGAAACACAUUUUCAUCCAGAUUUUUUCUGUGUUCUCUAAAUGGACUAUUCUACUUUCAAUGUCUGUCUGUCGAUUAAUUGGGCAAAUAUCAUCUCACCUCUGGAUGAAGUCAGAACUGUGUGUUUGUGUAGAUGUUUAUGCUCAGAUCACAUCCUGCUCAACAGUGACACCUAGUGGUAAAAACUGUACAUGUCUCCUCUUGUUGCUGUGAGUGAUGAUGCUGUGAAGAAACUUUCUUACAAUAAAAUCAAAAUAUGUGAGUUAA